UAUAUCAUCUGCAAACUGUGGAUAUAUUUUAGCUUUAUAUGUAUAUUAGAUGUUGUAUACCUUGUACAAUAAUGGAAACUCUUGCAGUUUGAUUAUUACUUGCCAGUUUACUCAUUCCAUUCUCUUCCUCCUUUGAGGUUCUUCGCCCUCAACAGCUGGUUUCAGAAAAUUUCCCAUUCCUCUGGUCUACCAAUAGUUUUUGGCACUUUGCUCUAGUUUUUGGUCCUUGAUUUCCUUUUGUUAAUCAUGGACUAUUCAUCUUUAUCAUUGAGUCUCUCUUUCUGAUUGGGUUAAAUUUCCCAUGAGCACAUUGAAGUUGUUGCUAAAAUAAUUGCUAUUCAUUUAUUAAUGCCUCUAUUCAUUUAUUAACUGUUAAUUUAUUUUUACCAGUCAUUUCUUCCUUCAUACCUUUGUACUUUCCCUUAUUUGAGUUGAGGGCACUGGUUUUGAGGAACCAAGGCGUUAGUUCUCCUCUCUGGAUCAGAGCUGGGAACUGAACAUCCAAGCACACACGUCCUAUUGAAAAGACAGGCAUGUGGGCAGAGGUGGUGGGGUGGCUCUGUUGGUGAGGAAUGAAAUCUGAUCCUUAACAAGAAACUACAUAUGAACAGAAUAUGUAGAAUCCUUGGGGGUAGAGUUUGGAAAAACUGCGAGGGUAAAAAGAUCCUGAUGGAAGUAAUUAUUAAGCCUUCAAAUAGUAGCCAGGAGGUAGGAUACAAAUUAUGUCAGGUGAUCAAAAAGGCAUGUAAGAAAGGCAAUGUUAGUGUGGUCAUGGGGAAUUUCAAGAUGCUGAUAGACUGGGAGAAUCAGAUCGGUACUGGGUCCCAAGAGAAGAAAUUUGUAGAAUGCCAAUGAGAUUGCUUUUUAGAGCAGCUUGUGGUCGAGUCCACAGUGGGGGGAAAGCAGUUCUGGAUUUGUUGUUGUGUAAUGAACCAGAUUUGAUUAGGGAGCUUAAGGUGAAGGAACCCCAUGGCAUUGAUCAUACGUGAUAGAAUUCAACCUGCAGUUUGAGAGGGAAAAGCCGAAAACAGAUGCAUUAAUAUUACUGUUGAACAAAGAUAACAACAGAGGCAUGAGGAAGGAGCUGGCUAUAGCUCAUUAGACGGGAACCCUAGCGGGAAUGGAACAUCAAUGACAGGAGUUUCUGGGAGCAAUUCAGAAGAUGAAAAAACUUUUCAUCUCCAAGAGGAAGAAACAUACUAAGGUGAGAAGGAGUGACCAUGGCUGACAAAAGAAGUCAAAGAUAGCAUAACAAGAAGGCAUAAAAUAUGGCAAAGAUUGGUGGGAAGCUAGAGGAUUGGGAAGCGUUUAAAAACCAACAGAAGGCAACUGAAAAAGCAAUACGAGGAAAAAAGGUGAAAUAUGAAGAAAACUUCCGAUGAUCCAUCCAAAUUGCAACAAAAAUGUUGCCCUACAAACAGCAGUGGCAACUGCACCCAGCAUUCAUCAUCCAAUGCCUCAAACACAAAGGAGCACAUGCCUAGGUAUCAGUAUUCGCGACCUGCAUCUGAUGUCAAUAUGCUUGGAGAAAUGAUGUUUGGCUCUGUUGCAAUGAGUUACAAAGGCUCUACACUGAAAAUACAUCACAUACGAUCUCCCCCUCAGCUGAUGAUCAGUAAGGUUUUCUCUGCUAGGAUGGGCUCUGCUGGAGGAAGUUCAAACAUGCUACAUGACAGCUUUGAAUGUAUCAACCAGGAAAGCACUGCUGGAAAUCCUUGUCCUGGUCAGAAUGGUGGCAGCAAUUUCCAUGCUUGCAAUAAUCUGGGUCGUUUGGUGGUUUGUGGCAGCAAACUGUUACUGUGUCCCGCAGAUCAGGGGGCCCUCCGUCUCAUCCGAAGCGCUUCUUUCUUUGCAGCUCACAGUACACCAGUUGAUAUGCCAAGCCGAGGUCCAAAUGAAGAUGGAGACAGUGGCAUAGCACGGUCAGCUUCCCUGAGCAGUCUCUUAAUUACACCAUUCCCUUCUCCAAACUCUUCAUUUUCCAGUAAUCGUGCCAGUAGUUUUCAGCGCCGCUGGCUGCGCAGUCAGACCACCAGCCUUGAAAAUGGCAUUCUUCCCAGAUGGUCGGCUGAGGAGACAUUUAUGAUGGCAGAUGAGAGCUACACUUCCAACCCACAGAUGGUCCGGCGCAAGAAGAUUGCAGUCAGUGUCGUUUUCUCUUUGCCCGAGAAGGAAGAGGAGAACAGAACUUUUCAGGAGUUCUUUUUCUCCCAUUUCCCCCUCUUUGAGGCUCACCUCAACAAGCUGAAGAGUGCAAUUGAGAAGGCAAUGAUUUCCUCCAGAAAGAUUGUAGAAUCUACCCAGAGAGUACAAGCUUACAUCAGCCGGGUCAUGGAGGGAUUGGGAGAAUUCAGGACCACAAUAUACAAUCUUUACUCUGCCCCAAGGAUUGCUGAGCCUGCAUGGCUUACCAUGAUGUUUAAUGCAUCAGAUGAGAAAACAUUAUGCCAUCGCUUUGUCAGAGACUUCACCUUGCUGAUCGAACAAUUAUCUAAGAAUCAGUUCCUUUCUGCUUUGCUAACGGCUGUGCUCACGUAUCACCUGGCCUGGGUACCCACAGUUAUGCCAAAUGACCAUCCACCUAGAAAGACCUUUUGUGAGAAACAUGCAUCACAGAACGUAGAUUCAUUGGGUAAAUCGCAUCCAUAUAAUCCUCUCUGGGCACAGCUUGGUGAUUUGUACGGAGCAAUUGGCUCACCUGUAAGGCUCACCAGGACUGUGGUGGUUGGGAAGCGUAAAGAACUAGUUCAACGAUUACUUUAUGUCCUCAGUUACUUCAUACGGUGCUCGGAUCUUCAGGAAAAUGAGAUGCAGUGGGAAGGUAAGCUUCAAGAAACUGAGAAUGUCCAAUCAGGAACUAAGAUCAGCACAGUACUCGAGAAAGGAGAAGUGGAAGAAUCUGAAUACAUCGUGGUCACUGUCCAUAAGGAUGACCCUGGUUUCAACACUUCCAUUCAAUCUAUGACAAAUACGGGGAAAAGAAGCACCACAAUGAAAGGCAAGCACAUUAGUGUAGAUUUAGCACUCAAAGCUAGCAACUGUGAAAGUGCUCAAUUUGACACUCGUGAUGGGCGGGCCUCUGGAGAGUGCUGGCAAAUUCCUUCUACUGUGAAUGAACCCAAAUUUGUCGGUGCUGACAGUUUAAGAGAGGUCACGGUACCUGUUCAGGAAAUGAAGGCACACUCUUCCUUGACUGUGAAAGGUGCCACUGUGUGUCAAGCUGAGAUGCACACGUUUGGAAAUGAACCAGUUGGGUUGGCUGAAAGCUCUUCUGAUUUUGGGGCAUCUGCUGCAGUUAAGUUGGUUCCAAUGAAGAAGCCUCUAGGCUCCACUUCUAGUGUGGGCAUAAAUUGUCCAGAAAGACCCCAUCACAGGAGUCCACACCUCCAAAGCAGAGUGAUGUUUCAGAUUGGCUGCUCGUUUUCACCUGAUUCAGAUAUUGAAUCAAGAAGAAAACUAAUGGAACAAAAUCUAGAACGUCGAGGUGCAGAAAACAACAAUGAUGCUCAAACGUCAAACGAUGUUGCCUUCUCAGGAACUGAUGCACUACAUCAGCCUGUUAUGGACCAGCUCGAAGAAGCUAAAGUCAUAGAAAGGGUGAAGGCAAAGGAACAGCAUUGUGCUUUAAGAAUCCCUUCUCAUGAAAAGAGUACCAAUGUCUUGAAAUGUGGUCGUGAGGACAAAGGCAUUGAGAGAAAUUCAUUGGGAGAAAUACCCACCCAGGUUACUUGCAUUCACCAUGAAGAGGCUGAAUCAAAUGAACAAAAUAACACGGAGAUUGCUGAAGCAAUGAGGACUUGUCAGAACAUUGAAACCGUGUCUUCUGUUACCAUUAACGCUAGUUCUGGUGAUCAGGACUGUCCAGUCACUUUUGACAUCCCCCAUGGGGAAAAUAAGUCUUCUGGGAAGAAAGAUACUCUCCGGAUAGAUGCUGACAUUCCCAGAAAUGAAAGUGCUGACAGUGCUCUUGGAGAGAGUGACGAUGAAGACAUAUCCCACGAUUCAUCUAAACAAGGAUUUGAAUAUUGUAAUGAGAGACAAACUGGGAUGGCAGAGGUUGAACUUCCAUUACCAAGCAUCAAAAUGAACAGCAAGCCAAGCCUCCAUAAUUUUGGAAGAUCCUUGUUUGGUGACUACUGUUCACAGUAUGUCCCAGAUUUUGUCUUGCAUGGAAUUAGUUCAGAUGAAAAUCUGAAGCAUUGUUUAAUGGCAGAUUUGAUUCGUGCUGUGCAGCAUCCUGUUUUAGACGAACCUGUUGCAGAAGCUAUCUGCAUUAUUGCAGACACAGACAAAUUGUCAGUCCAGGUGGCUACAAGCCAAAGAAAGGCGAUGGACAAUAAACUAGGCAAAGAGGUACUGGUCUCUAACUUUGUGUCCGGCCUGCUCCAGUCCAUUCUUCAACUCUAUAAACUACAGCUAUCACCUGAUUUUUGUGUGAUCCAUCUUGAGGAUCGACUUCAAGAGCUGUAUUUUACAAGUAAGAUGCUGUCUGAGUACCUCAAAGGCCACACUAGAGUCCACAUAAAAGAACUGGGAGUGGUGCUGGGAAUUGAAUCAAAUGAUUUGCCUCUGUUGGCUGCUAUAGCAAGUACUCAUUCUCCAUAUGUUGCCCAGAUACUCCUAUAAGCUAAACCCUCUGGAGGGUAAACUGUGAACCUUGGAUGGCAUCAAGUUGGAAAAUGUUGUUAAUGCUUAUCUACAACUCUCAAUCAGAGCGAUGACAAGAUCAUUGAUGAAGAGUGCAUUCAUUCAACAGUGAAAAUGUUCCAUCACUUUUCAGGCAUUUUCUGAGAUAGGUGAUGGUCUAUCAGUGAGGAAUUUUCAUGGCUAAUGCUUAGGGUUAUCUUUACUAGUCAAAUUCUAAAAGCUGUUGCAAGUAAGGCAUGUUUUCAAACAAAACGAAUCAUCCAAAAAACAUGCCAUCUUGAAUGCUUGCUUUUAUUGUGUUUUAUUGUGACUUUUGAAUCAUUUCAGCAGUUGCCUUAAUUGGUGCAUAACAGUGUUAGAAAAUCUAUCUACAUAGCAUUCCUGUUCAGAAAUACAAACAAUUGCAUCUAUUGAUUUGAUGUUUCUGAAUUACUAGGAUACUACAUUGUCCUGCAAGAAAAACUGCAAAAAGUAGGGCUAUAGCAAUUGUCCAUUUUUCUUGUACAAGUGGUUUGACAAGCUUUUGUUUUAUUUGUGCUCCUGUUUAAAGGGACAAAGAAGGCAGAUUGUUUUAAAUUUUUUAGGGAUUAUCUUUAAAUGAGUGUUGUUUACAAUUAGUUAGAAUUUUUUGUUUGUUGACAUUGUACGAAUUGAGCAGCAUCUGAAAUUCAGCUUCAUACUGAAAAAAAUCACUGACCCUUUUCAAUGGAAUAAAUUUUAUUUCCGAGUCCACUCUGACUUCAGUAGAGGAGUCAGAUGUUGAAUGGUGCCAACAUAACAAUUGGAGUGUGGGAAGGGGAAAGGGUUCUUGCGCAUUCUCCUUAUGCAAUACGGACUGAGCUAGUGAGAAUUAUAUUGAAGCUUCUUCUGAUAUAAAUGCAUUUUACGAAACUGCUGGGUACACAUAAGACAACAUUGUUACUCUGUUAAAACAGGAUACUGAGCUCCCAGGCGCAUCUAAUUUGAGAAAUAAUGUUCGGAGGACUUUUGAGAUGAUCUUCCCACCAUUUCAUUUAUUGCAAAGGACCAGCCAAAUGCAAAAAUAUCCAUGUUUUACAAAUAUUAACUUUUUGUUCAUUAUUGUCGAGAGAUUUUUUCACAAAAAGCAGUUCAGGACAUGAAGGAAAAUGUGUUUCUGCUCGAAAUUACAAUUUGAUUGCCUCGGGGAAUUAUAUUGUUCUCCCAGCGUGCAACGUCCUUUAUAUUUUGUGUGAGAAGGCAAAGUAUUGAAUGCAAAACUUCUAAUUUAGUUAUGUCUGUAGGUUGGAUUCUGUUUUGAAUAAGCAGACUUUUAAUCAUUUUUAUUUUAGAAUUAAGUGGGAAGAAUACAAUCAAACUUUGAUGCAGAAAUUGGUGAUGCUUUCGUUUACUGUUCACUUAAUCUCAAGAAUUACAAAAUGGAUAGUUUUUUUUUGUAUUGUAAAAAAAACUGGAGCUUUUUGGUGAAUUCUUGGAAACUGUAAAUGUAGCUUGUUUGAAGUUUACAUGUUUGAUCUUGGACUGUUGGACAAGUCAUCUUGCCUUGACAGCCUAUUGCUAGAAUGUAAAAGUGCCUGAAACUUUAUAAUGGUAUUUCUAAAAAAGAAAGGCAUGAAAAUCUGAACACACUCACACUACUAUUUGAACAACGCAGCAUUUAACUUUUCUUGCCACCAAUGCUUGUAUGUUAUCAAUGAGGAGGAUUGCAUAUCAGAAAUUUUGCAAUCGAGUAAUGUGUUUGAACCAGACUGUAUUUGUAAUUUUGUUACAUGUCCAACGGACGCAUUACUGCUCUCUUGAAAACUCAUUAUAGCUGCAAUGGAAAGUAAAGUUCAUGGAGUCAUGCCGUCCCAAAAUAGAGAACACUGACAAAGCCUGGAUGAGGUUUCAGCUACUUGACACAAAGAUUAAUAUUCGGAUUUGGCCGCCUAAGCUGGGUGAUCAGUAACCACACAUUUUGAUUCCUUAGCGGCAGAACGCUUGAGAUGAAAAGGAUUUUAUUCUCUCUGUGUCAUGCAUCUAAAUCUUGAUUCUGAAUCAUUUUAAUGCCCCAAUGCAUUCUGUUUUGAAUAUCAACACAGUUUAUUCUCUCGCCUAAUAUAGAGGUUAAAUUGAUCCACCUUUUCGAGAGUGGCACCUCACAGAGAUUUUGCGUGUUAAGGCAUCUUUAAAUAAUUUUUAAAAAUCUCCAUUUUUGCCAUUGAAUAGUUGGCCUUUUUAAUGAAGAAACAAUAUCUUACAUCCUUACUGAAUGCUAAACAGUGCAUUAAAAUAAACCUCCAGCAAAUGCUGGAAAUAUUCAGCAUAUCAGGUCACAUUUGUGCAAAGGGUAUAUAUUUCAGGUUCCUCAUCCUUCUUCAGUACUGGGCAAGAGGGAGAAUGUCCUUGGAACAUGUGGGAUAUGCCAUUACUUCUGUACCAUUAACCAUGGCUACUAACUUGAGCUGUAGCUGACCUGAUUCCUAAAGUAUUUUGAUUUGCUGUAUAAAUUUACAAACCUAUUGUAGACUGUGGACAAGCAUGGAAUUUAGUGAGGAGUCUCAGAAUCUUUAACACUAUGCUGACUCUGCGAUGUCUGUCUUGUGGCAUUUAUGGUCUUGAUAUAUUUGUUGGUCCAUCAUUGCCCUCUGAAACACAGCUUUUAGAGCACGUCACAUUUGAAGCUUUCAGCAGAUCAUCUGAAUCAAAUACUGUAAGAAUAAAUGACACUAAAUUUAUUUUAAUACCUUAAUUCUAUUUCUCCAUUAGUUUUUGCCGCUUUAUUGCAUAAAUUCACUUCUUAUUGAAGAAUGUUAACCAAUGGCCAACAUUGAAGUAUUCUGACGUCAUGUAAAUGCAGGUUUAAAUCUCACUCGUUGAUAAUAUUCUCACAGUAUAUAUUUUUUAAUUGUAGUGACAGAUUGCAGGAGUGAAUGUGCAUAAUCAAUGAUUGCACUCGUAUAUAACAUUUUGUCUUGAUUGUCCCUUUAUUGCUACAAUGUAGUUGGUGAAGAAUCUGGUACACUUGUCGUUCAUUCUGUCUAGCUGCAAGUCGAUUCAUGUGAAAAGUGCAUGUGAUCGGGUUUGUUAUUUGCUCUGUAAUCUGCAUUAGGAAGAACUAUAUAUUGGGGAACUUUCAUUAUUUCCUGCUUUAAUUGAUAUCAAUCCCAGUAGGGAAUGCAGUUGUGUUUACGUUUGCAUCUUAAAAAUUAUUGCAGUCCUGCAUCUUCAGCGAAAGUGAAACAAUGCUGCAGUUAGUCUGUACAACUCUGUACUUUGCUAAUUUUCCCUGCGUAAUUAAUUGGCUGGUAUUUAGCACGUUGAGCAAGCUUUUCUAACCUAAAUGUCCGAUAAAUUAAUCUCAAGACAAUUUUUCAAAUAUGGAGAGACUUAAGCCGAAAGAUUUUCAUAAAGCUAUUUUUUUAAAAGAACACUAAGUACAUUUCUAUUUAAAGUGGGGAUUUAAACUGACCGACAUUCUGAGAAAUGUUACUUGUUAAAUCUACCUCAGUUGACUGACAGGAAUCCAAACUUUCUUUGUUUGCAAUGUCUUACCUUUCCAAAUUUGUCUUUGUGUAUUUUUGAAUUUUGCUACGAAUCAAAUUCCUAAAAUGAUAUGUGGCAUAGUAACAUUUUAAUUAUGCUAGGCAUAAUUUUUGGUGUAGCUUUUCUGUUGUGACAUCUUUUUAAAUUUGUGUUGAAUGGAUUUUAGAAAUACUGGUCUGCAUGGAAAAUAAUAGUUGUUGAAUGUGACUUUUGAGUUCGUGGCCGACAGAAGUAUUCCUUAAUUUUUAGCCCAUAUCAAUGUUGAUAUUAAAAUGUUUGAUUCUAACGUUUGUCAGAUUCAUGAAAUCCUAUACAUAUAUAAUUGCAUUUUAUUCUGGAAGUCAAAUGGUGUGAGAAAUAGUGAAUUUACACAACAUUUGGUCAUAGCUAAUGUUGAUGUUUUUACUUCAGUAUUUUGUUAUCGUUUUUAUCUUGGAGUGUCAAAAUGAAUAAAAGCGUUUUUUUUU